UGUCAAAGACUUUCCUUGAGUAUGCUGGAGAUAUGUAUACUAAGAUCCUUCGCUAUCAGAAAAAUAAAAUCCCUGAAGAAAAGGUAUCCCAAUUAAACAGCCUCAGGAUGAACUCCUUAAUGAGAGUUCCAAAGCUUGAAAGCUUAAAUACAUUCAUAAGCAGCUCUGAUGAAUGCCGUAGAGGCAUUUCUGCAUUAUCAUCCAGCAACUUCACUGUUACAGAUUGCUUUAACAUGUAUAUCGAAGAAAAGAAUGUGACUGAGAAUCAGGAAUAUCUCACAUUCAAUGAUUUUUGUUCUCUAAAUUUCCAUUCGAGAUACCCAGAGAUAAUCUACGAUAUUUUCUAUGUUGUCUGAAAAUACAAGUUCACAAAAAGCAAAGAGAAGAAUGAGCCUAACUACUAUAAUCUCCUUCGGAAGGAGAUUAAUAAGGUACCGAUUAUUUCAGAUAAGAAGACGCUUGACUUGAGAAAGAAAGUCGGAUGGAGGUAUGAUGAGGAAGAGAUCAGCAAGAAGAUCAACUUACUCAAAUAACAACUCAGGUGGUCUAUUUUCAAUAAAGUUUAUUUUAA